CCCACAGAGGUCAUAUCAGGUCGCGAGCUUUCAUAACGGAUAGAUUGCCUAAAGCUCCACAGUCGAACCAGAACCGUCUAUCUAGAUCUCUGAACGUAAUGGCAGCUGAACAGCGUAGGCUGCUUGAGCAGCUUAUGGGCGAACAGCUCAUGGCUGGCCCGGGUCCUCGCGCACCCCAACUUGCUAUCACGGACCCGAAAGUCUGUCGCUCCUAUCUCGCAGGAACAUGUCCUCAUGACCUAUUCACCAACACGAAGCAAGAUUUCGGACCAUGCCCCAAAGUCCACAGCGAGGCGCUGAAGUCGGAGUACGAUGGAGCAGAUGAGACGCAGAGGAGGAAAUGGGGCUUUGAGUUCGAUUACCUGCGCGAUAUGCAACGCAUCAUCGACGACUGCAACAGAAGAAUAGACACGGCACAAAGGAGGCUAGAGAAGACCCCGGAUGAGAUCCGGCAAACAAAUCUGCUGCUCAAACAAAUCUCGGACCUUUCUCAGACAAUCGAUUGUGGCCUCCAGGAAGUGCAGAUACUUGCUGAAGAAGGCGCCAUAAACCUAGCUGUCACCGAAUACUUCAAGAUCAAGCAAGCAAAGCAGUCCAAAGAAGACAGGGAGCGCGAACUCAAGGCAUUAUCUGAUACAUCAGGUCCAUCUGGACAUCAGAAACUUCAGGUGUGCGAUGUUUGCGGUGCUUAUCUAAGCCGUCUCGAUAAUGAUCGACGUCUUGCCGACCACUUCUACGGCAAAAUGCACUUGGGAUAUGCGCAAAUGCGGAAGACUUACGAGACUCUACAGAAAGAGCUGAAGGGGCGUGCUCCGCCUCCAAGAGAGGAUGUCAGCGGGAGGGGCGAUUUCGACAGCCCGUAUGGCGACAGAGGCGGAUGGGGCGGUGGACGUGGAAGAGGUGGUGGCUGGGGUCGUGGUGGAGGCGGUUUCAGGGGAGGUAGAGGCGGCGGUGGAGGCUUUGGUAGAUACUGAUGGGCUGACAUUCAAUCUUCUUCUUUGGGUCUGUACUUAGCGAGGCGUCCUGGAAUGUCAGUAUGGGGAUUUGAAGGAUGUUCAUGUCCUACAGCGGAUGGGAAGACAUUCUGUAUAUGAUAAAUGGCAGGCAUAACACAGCACGACGCAGAGAAAUGCUCUCAUCGUCUAGCUUUUUCAAUCUGUAACCUCC